AUGGCUCUUCUGGCAAAAGGAAGACCGCCAGAAGAUGAGUCGCAAAUGCCAAAGUAUCGAUUGGUGAUCAUCGGGGGCGGAGGUGUCGGAAAGAGUACGUUAACCAUCCAAUUCUUCCAGAAACAAUUCGUUGAUUACUACGAUCCAACAAUUGAAGAUCAAUAUAUACAGCACUGCGAAGUCGAUGGACAAUGGGUUAUAAUGGAUGUCCUCGACACAGCCGGACAAGAAGAAUUCGGAGCAAUGAGAGAACAGUAUAUGCGUUCCGGAAAGGGCUUCAUGCUAGUAUAUUCCGUUUGCGACAGGAAAUCCCUUGAAGAAGCAAAGCGUCUCUAUAAGCAGGUCUUACGAGUUAAGGAUUCGACUGAAGCGCCGGUGCUGCUUGUUGCGAAUAAGAUCGAUCUUUUGGGGCAGCGUGUCGUUAGUGAACAAGAAGGAAAAGCCUUAGCUGCUGAAUUGAGACUGCCCUACAUUGAGACAUCUGCAAAGGAUCCACCGAUCAAUGUGGAUAACGCUUUCCACGAACUUGUUCGAAUCGUGAAAAGCUUCCCAGACGAUGAAAUGGAGCAAACUGAGACUCCCGGUGCUAACACCAAGCAGCAGCGCAAAAAGGGCAAACAAAAGUGCGUUGUGAUG